AACUCCAUUCUCUUUAACCUAUGGACAUGAUCCUGUUUUGCCUAUGGAGUUAUCUACCAUAUCAUUACGUAUAGCGAUUCAACAUGGUCUUACUUCUAGAGAAUAUAGUGAUGCAAUGGUGUUAGAACUAAAGGACCUUGAAGACAUGCAAUUGACGACCUUAGAUAGGCUGCAAACGCAUAAAUUAAAAGUAGUCGGAGCAUACAACAAGCGAGUGAAGUCCAGAAAUCUGGCAGAAGGAGAUAUGGUCUGGAAAGUGAUUUUGCCACUUGGAAAAAAGGAUCCCAGAUUUGGGAAAUGGUCUCCCAACUGGGAAGGACCAUUUCGUAUCCAUGAAGUACUUAGAGGGGGAGCAUAUUGGCUUGAAUCACUAGAUGGAGAGUUACAUCCUCGAAAAAUAAAUGGAAUCUACCUUAUGCCUUACUAUCCUACGGUAUGGGAAGCUAGAGGUCUGGAUGCCAUGAAUUCUACCUAAGACAGAUUUGGGGCUGGAGCUGUAUAAUACUUUCUUUUCUUUUUUAGCAUUUUAUAAUUCAAUAAAAGUGCUGAGCUGAAUAUGUAAGCUGGCCAAAUUUGGUCGUGAGCAAUCAAAGUGUCCAUAAUUU